AUCUUAUUCCGGGUACCGGUGAACCAAGUACCAGGCAAACAAUGGGUGCUUUGAAUCAGAAUAUUCCAACUGACAAUAUGUUCACAACCAGUCAGGAUAUAGAUAAAAAAUUCGAAGUAUUUCCGGAAGUAUACAUAAAAAGUGAACCGAUCUAUAAAACUUCUCCAGAAUAUGAAACUGGUAGAUAUCGUUUUGUACCAGUAACGGGUCAAAUGCUCAGCCAACGAUUGCAGACAUGUCGUGACCUUCAGCUUAGUGAACGAACAAACUGGCAACCAUUGCAAAACUCAUACGAACAACAAUAUGGUAUUGAUUAUUGUCCGGAUAAUCCGAGUCAAAUAAUUCAAGAAUGUGGUGAUUCUAUUUCAUGCCUUAACGAUUACAUGCUGUUUAAUGCUCGAGUACUUGGCAUGGAGGCACAAAAUAGUUGGAAUUCAUUUUCAAAUGAUAGAAUGCAUGCUUCAAGACAUUAUAAUAGUUGUGGACCGAUCAUGAUCGAAUAUCCAGAAUACCUGAUGAAAACGCCGGUGCUAUCAUCCGGUUAUUUGGAAGGUGAUGUGGCACGCUUCGAUUGCUUCCAAACACAUUGGAUUAAAGGCGAUUAUGAAUAUAAAUGUGGUAUUGUUGUGGACUACAACGAUCCGCAUAAUUAUCGAUUUGAAUGGAACAAAGGGUCACAACCGUGGUGUCGUUCACGUGAAAAAGAUAAUUUGUUCAAAUGGCUUACCGCGAUAUUCUCAACCAUCGGUAUAAUUAUGGCAAUUGUCCUUAUAUUUUUGUGUUGUUGGACUAUGAAACAGAAAAAGCGGCAGGAAGCGGAAGAUAAAAUCUCAUCAUUAUACAAAGCACCAUUUCGAAGUUCUAUGGUAAGCCGUGACUGGAGGUCCUCGGAAACUAGGCCAUUCACGAAGGUAAGAACAGAUUCGAUGUCAAGCGAAACGAAUGGUAUGUACCAUGGUAAUGAGAAUGAUUCGCAGUAUCGUGGAGGACCAAUUGGGGGUGCUGUUCCCGUAUUAGCUGAUGGUAGUGCUGGAUAUCGCGGACAAUAUCAUGCUGUUGAUGCUAGUGCACCGUAUCAUGAGCAAUAUCGUGAAUCGGUACCCAACUUAUCCAGGAGGCCAUCGAGUCCAGUCAAAACUGUCAUACGGAGCAACAAGACAGUUCCAACUGGAAUCCAUAUUAUGCCACAAUCGACAUCAUCAACGCCACCGGUACCGGUGCAUUCCAUUGUUACCAGUGAACAAAGUGGAAAUGAUCAUGCUCAACUUCUCGGCCUUAAUACCAGUGUUUGA